GCCUCUUCCUCCUCGCGAGACCCCAGCCACAGGUUGAAAGCAUGGGUGCUAGCUGUUGCUAGCUAGUCUUGUAUGCUUGCGUGAUAAAACUCAACAAUUUAACAACUUUGAUAUUAAACUUGUUUCAUCGUUAUCGUGAUAUCAUCUAAGGACCAGCUACAAGAUGAGUUUACUCGCCAAAAUAGCAGAAAUUGAGGCCGAGGUAAGUUAGCUAACGGUCGCGAAUGCUAGCUAACGCGUUAGUUGUGAAUCACAUUUUGUGUGGCCACUUGACUAGAUGGCUAGCUAGUUGGCUAAAUUUAACUUGGCUAAUCAAGGCCUUACAAUGGAUUUCUCCUUAAAAAAAAGAAUAUAUCCAUAAUAUGAUGGCAGACACCCUAGUUGGCUACUGUAAAGUAGCUAGCUAUAUGUUAUUGUUGGCAGGGUAAUUAACUAGCUAACGUUAAGUAGCUAACUAGCUAGUUAAGCACUACUAUCAUGCUAACCGGCGCUGGUAUGUAUAGAACCACGCCGGAGUUCACCAGCUUUGACAGAUUGUAAUUCACCCCAGUGUCGGUGUCAUGAUGACAAUAUGUUUUCUUUGUGAUCAUUCGAAAGCCAGCCAUCGCAACAAUUUAGCUCUGGACAAGUAGGCCUAGUCAAUAUUCUAGUUCUGGCUGUUGUCAUAUUGUGUUGAAUAUGAAUGAUUUAAACAUCCUCUGUCGGGUAGAUGGCUCGGACUCAGAAGAACAAGGCCACAUCUAACCACUUGGGGUUGCUCAAAGCUCGUCUGGCCAAGAUGAGGAGAGAACUUAUCACACCAAAGGGAGGCAGUGGAGGAGGCACAGGGGAAGGUGAGUCCUAACUCGUGAUCAUCAUUCAUCUUAAGAAUGUGUCCAGCUACACAACAGUGCAGUGGAGAUAAGUUGAGAUUUACAAGAUCUUGUCAUAUUGUAAUGAAUACUAAUGUGUCACCCUUUGUUGUAUAGGUUUUGAUGUGGCAAAAACAGGUGAUGCCCGUAUCGGGUUUGUAGGGUUCCCCUCGGUGGGCAAGUCUACUUUGCUAAGUAACCUGGCAGGGGUGUACUCAGAGGUGGCAGCCUAUGAGUUCACCACCCUCACCACAGUACCAGGAGUGAUCCGCUACAAGGGUGCAAAAAUACAGGUACUUUAUGUGCAUCUUAUACCCUUCACACCUCACCUUAAAGGAAAAAUCCACUCCAAAACGAUGAUGAUGUGGCAAGUGGCACUUCAAGAAACAGAGUGUCACUUCCACAUCAUCAUGAUGAUGUGGCAAGUGACACUGCUUCUUGAAAGUCCAAUAUCUCGAAAACUUGACUGCUGACGUGCAAAACAUUUUGGGACUGUAUCAACAGUGAACUAAUGAAAAAAAUACCAACAUAUAGCUUUUGAGGGGAGUUUUCCUUUGAGGACAAUAUGUACUAGUAGUGAUAAUUUGUAUUUUUGCUACUUGUAAUUUUUUACUUAAUUAGUGUUUUCUUUAAGAUGUUUUGCAGGAGAUGUUUCAGUAUUAGGAUGUUUAUUCCACUUUUGUGUAUCCAAGCUCCUGGAUCUCCCAGGUAUCAUCGAGGGGGCCAAAGAUGGCAAGGGCAGAGGACGACAGGUCAUCGCAGGUGAGAGCCAUCAGUGAACCAUCAGAACCAUACACAAACAACAUGUGUCACACUCACACCUUGAAGGUAGUUUGUAACUGUGGUCUUUCUUUUCCCAGUGGCUCGAACCUGUAACCUGAUCCUCAUAGUGUUGGAUGUGCUGAAGCCUCUGGGCCACAAGAAGCUGAUUGAACACGAGCUGGAGGGCUUCGGAAUCCGCCUCAACAAGAAGCCGCCCAACAUCGGCUACAAGAAGAAGGACAAAGGAGGUAUCAACUUCACCGUCACAGUACGUCUGUUUAAUAAAACACUUUCAUGUCCAGCUCAACCUGUUCCUAUUUCUCUCUCUCUUUACAGUUAUCUAUCUCUGGAAGUAGAUUGUUCUUUUAUCUCUCUCAUUUGAUUUCAAUGGGCUUACUCUGGUGUUCUUCCUUUCUGGCACCUUCUCCAGUGUCCACAGAGUGAGCUGGAUGGUGACGCAGUGAAGAGCAUCCUGGCCGAGUACAAGAUCCACAACGCUGACAUCACCCUGCGCAGUGACUCCACGGCUGAUGACCUCAUCGACGUGGUGGAGGGAAACCGGUAAGCAGCUGAGCACUUCUACAAACUCGGAUGUCAUUUUUGUAUUGAUUUUAUUUUCUUCUUAAUCCUCCAUUAAUCUAUAAUUGGAUCUGACCUAUACCCCCUAGCCAAAGUCCCGCUAUACCCCAUCCCAAAGUAAGGUCAACGCUCCCCUACAGACCUGCUGACAUAACUUUUCUGUUUAAUCUCACCAGAGUGUACAUCCCCUGCAUUUAUGUGCUCAACAAAAUUGACCAGAUAUCCAUUGAAGAGCUGGACAUCAUCUACAAGGUGCCCCACUGUGUUCCCAUCUCUGCCCACUCCCGCUGGAACUUUGACGACCUACUGGAGAAGAUGUGGGACUACCUGCACUUAGUGCGCAUGUAAGGAGACACUCUCUCAACCUACCAACCCCUAGAAGGGACAUAUAGGGUUAUUGGAACCUUCUAUGAAAUAGAAUCCCUAUUACACACAGAACUAUUUUUUGACUGCUUGGAUAAAUGUUGUUUUUGUGAAUUAAUCAUUUGAAUGUGUUGUCCCCCAGAUACACCAAACCCAAAGGCCAGCUUCCUGACUACACAUCUCCAGUCGUUCUACCUACUGAACAUACUACAGUAGAGGACUUCUGUUUGAAGAUUCAUAAAAGCCUCCUCAAAGAAUUAAAAUAGUGAGUACUAUACUGUUGACUAAUGGCUUUUGUGCAUCUUGUUGAUGUUCAUGAAAAGACUGGGGUAUACCCCAGUAUCUAACCGAUUUAAAGCCACAAUCAGUAAGAAAUAAUGUACUUUAAAAAUAUAUAUAUACUUAACAAAUUCACAUGGGCUUACAAAGGCAGCCCAAUUCUCAUAUUUUUCCCUCUAAUUGGUCUUUUGACCAAUCACAUCAGAGCUGAUCUGAUUGGUCAAAAGACCAAUUAGUGAAAAAGAGAUCAGAAUUUGGCUGCCUGUUUAAAUGCAGCUUUAGCUGCUGUGUCCAGCACACAGACAAAUAUGAUUCAAUGUUUCAGCUGCUUGGUAUUGUUCUAACACUCAGUCUUCCUGUCCUUUCAGUGCUCUGGUGUGGGGUGCUUCAGUGAAGCACAACCCCCAGAAGGUGGGAAAAGACCAUGUCAUGGAGGAUGAGGACGUUAUCCAGCUGGUGAAAAAGUAAAAGGACUCCUGACGCUGCAUGAUUUUCUCAUCACCGGGAAUAGUCUGCUGCUCAUGAAAACCCCCCUCAAACAUAUCCACGAGAGCAUCUGUGUCUUGUGGUUCUCAAUUUUAUUUUGGAAUUUGAAAAACUGAAAAGAAUAAAUAUGAAUGUCCAUGUUGCAUUUACCUCUCAUUUAUGCCGACACGUGAUUCAUAAAAUCCAUCGAAGAGUAUUAGCCUUGAAUCUCAAAAAUAUCAAAUAAACACCAUAAAAAUGACUUACGGGAUCGUCUUUUAUUUUAGCUCAUAAUACAGGUCAUUGGGUUUAUGCCUUGAAAGACGCAUUGUAAUUACUAUGUUGAACAACACUGACAAAUAUAACUUCAUAACAUUCACAUUUCCCUUCAUAUGAAAUAAAUCAAAAUCCUGC